AUAUACACUCGUGAUAGAAAUAUGUUGUUUACUUUACCUUAAUAAGUAUAAUUUUAUAUACAUACAUAGAAGCAUUUUAUAUACUUUACCUUAAAAGAAUAUAUACAUACGUAUAUGACUAACAAAUUUAUUUCAGCCCUUUAUUUUUGUUUCUAAUAAGAUGCAUAAAAUUUAGUUCAGUAUUAGUGACACUUUGAUAUAUAAUUCAUUUUAUAUUUUCCUGUAAUUUAAUUAUUAUAAUAAUUGUGCUGUAACAAUUGUCUCAAGAUUUAAUAUGUACACAUUGAAAAGAUCAUAAAGAAUUGUUCAAAGGUAAGCUCUUCCCUGACUUAUAACCGACACUCUUGACCUGUAAAUGCAGACACUCUUCCGACAGAAACGUUCUGACGAUGGUCGUUUGGCAUCAAAAAAAUAUUAGUAUGAUAAUAAGAAGAAACCCCUAAUAUGUUCUACUAGAGUUGUAUUUUUGAUAUACAGUUAUGUAUAUGUAUAUGUUUUAACCAUGUGUUCUUUCCUAAAACUAAUGUUCCGACUUGACUUUUCUCUAUCCAAAAGCAUUUGAAAAGAAACAACUAUUGCUUCAAAAAAAGUCCAAUAAGGCAAAGAGAGAACCUUCAGCAAUCUUUACAAUAAUGUGAUGAGUCUUGUAGAAGCAACAGUUGCACAGCAGGAAUAUGUGGAGCAGCUAUAUAAGAUAGCAAUAAAUGAAGCAAUGGAUGAUGCUACAAAGUUUGAUGUAUUAACAAAGGGGCGGUCCAUCUUAGAAAAUCUACAAGCUUCACGCUUCAUACAUACAACACCAGUGCAGGACUCCGUAUUGAAUCUUUAUCAUAACAUUCAAGGGAUUCUCCGCUCACAUCACUUGAAACAAUUUGAAAUAGAUUCUCCAUUUUUACAAGAAACGAGCAAAAAAGACUGGAAUAGACAUCAAGUAAUGCCGCAACAUCAAACAAUUGACAGUAGAUUAGUAGAUGUAGUAGCGAAUGAAAUGCAUAAAAAAGAAAUGGAAAAGCUAAGCAAAAAUCUAUCUAGAAGUCAGGAACAAAUACAGGAACUUAAAAAUGCAAAUUUAAAAGUUUGUGCCGAAGUUACAGAGUUGCGAAAAGAACUCAAACAAACAAUAUCGUACAAUAAACAUUUACAGUACGAAAAUGAGAGAUUAUCUGAUGAAAUAGAAAAACUCAAGCCGCCAACAAUAUCAGGUACGGUUCAGCUUUAUCAUUCACACAGCGGAAAUACCAUAAAAGAUAUUGAAGAAGAGUUAAAGACGAUGCUGAAAAAUCACUUGAAAGAUGUUCAAUUUGUCAAAUGCAACAGGAUAACAGACAUCGAUCAGUCACAGAUGCUUAUUGUCCUCAGCAUUAUUGCUUCAAGAGUAGGGACAGACGCUGCAAAUGCAAUUAAAGAUGUACCACGACCUGAAAACACGGCACUUUUGUUAUUUCAUAUCAAAGAAAUUCAUGCACUGACGAAACAAGCAAGUACUGCUGUGCUCACAGAUCGAUCUUUUAAGGACCUUGGUGGGAUAUUUGAUUUGGCCUUUGUAAAUGGAAAAGGUUUAUACCAGUGUGAAAUGAACGAAAAUGCAAUGAAAAGCGUUUGUGAUUUCAUUAAGAAAGGUAUAUCAGGGACAGGUGUUUAAAUUUACGACGCAAUCUGGAAAAGAACUUUUGUACAAUUAUAUAAAACUGAAUUUGAUAAUUAACUCCUUAUGUCUGUGUUUUACCGCUGAAAUCCAAUAAGUUCGGACCCCUGACAGGAAAUAAAGAUAGAUGGCUGUUUGCACGAAAGAACGUUGAAUUUUAGUGCGCGCAAAACAUAUUAUUUUAGAUUUUGUUUUUUUAAAAAGCCUUUUGUUGUCAUUUGAUCAGGUUUUCCAAGUAGAGAUAGACAGAGAACAUUUGAAUACUUCUUUACCUAGUAUGCCAUAUGCUUUAACUUAUUAAUUGAUGUAAAAAAACUUAAUUUAUGUAUAUAAUUAAGUUUAUAAAGCCAUUAUUGUCCAUUUAUUCUGGACUCCGGAUGCUUUAGAUAAAACACUUCUUAGUAAGUAUAUUUUGAAUUGUUGUUCACCGUUGAUGCAUUCCGUUUUCAUUAAUAUAGUACUGAAUUCUAUGUUAAUCAACCGCUUAAGAUAAGUUUGAAAUAUCUAAGAUAUAUCUUCUUAGCCGCUCACUUCGAAUCAUUUUGCCGUACUAGUCACACCACCCACCAGGAGUAUGAAAUUUGUCAUAUAUUAAUCUAUUUUACGGAAGGUCGCGUGUUUAACUCGAGUAUCUGCUCUUGACUGAAAUAAAGCAUGUAGAAGCAACCGAGGACAGUUAACUAUAUUUUUUAAGAUAUUACACUGAAAAAGAUUUAGAACAAUGAUAAAGAACAAUAUUUUCAAAAUUUAGAAUUAAAGCUGUUAUGUUUACGUUCCGUAAGCAUUGCAUUCCCUUGUAGAUUGUCACUGUCAUAUUUUAAUGAUUCUACAUUUACUGGUUUA